AAUAAUUGUUGCUGCGGAGGAUGAGAAUAUUGACACCAGGGCUGAUCACAACCUGAUCAUCCGCCAAGCCCGCCUGUCUGAUUCCGGGAACUACACUUGUAUGGCAAACAACAUCGUUGCCAAGCGAAGAAGCCUGUCAGCCACUGUUGUGGUGUAUGUGAAUGGAGGUUGGUCAUCAUGGACAGAAUGGUCUAACUGCAAUGUACGCUGUGGCAGAGGAUGGCAGAAGAGGUCCAGGACCUGCACGAACCCUGCUCCUCUUAACGGAGGUGCUUUCUGCGAGGGAAUGUCUGUGCAGAAAAUUACCUGCACUUCCUUGUGUCCUGUGGACGGUGGUUGGGAAGCAUGGAGUGAAUGGUCUGUAUGUAGCCCUGAAUGUGAACAUUUGAGGAUCCGUGAAUGCACCGCUCCUCCUCCACGUAACGGUGGGAAAUUCUGUGAAGGACCAAAUCAAGAGUCAGAGAACUGCACUGAAGGUCUUUGCAUUCAUGAUAGAAAGCCUCUUCAUGAAAUAAAACCCCAAAACAUUGAGAACGCAACAGACAUUGCCUUAUACUCAGGCCUGGGUGCCGCGGUCAUCACCGUAGCGGUCAUUGUCAUUGGUGUGACUCUCUACAGACGGAGCCAGAGCGAGUACGGUGUGGAUGUGAUUGACUCAUCGGCUCUUACAGGAGGCUUCCAGACAUUUAACUUCAAAACUGCCAGACAAGGUAAUUCCCUUCUUUUGAACUCAUCCAUGCAGCCUGACCUGACUGUGAGUAGAACCUACAGUGGACCCAUUUGCCUCCAAGACCCCAUUGACAAGGAACUCAUGACAGAAUCCUCCCUUUUCAACCCUUUGUCGGACAUCAAAGUCAAAGUUCAGAGCUCCUUCAUGGUCUCGUUGGGUGUGACGGACAGAUCUGAAUAUCAGAGAAAAACACAUUCUGGGACUUUCCCACAUGACAGCAACAGAACCUACAACUCUAUACAUACAAAGAACAAAGCGGCAUAUAUCCAAAAUUUGUCAACACUCUCCAAACAAAACGAGAUGAGGACCACUGGUGUAUUUGGCCACCAGGGAGGACGUCUGGGUAUCCCCAACACAGGGGUGAGCCUGCUGAUUCCGCAUGGGGCUAUUCCUGAAGAAAUCUCUUGGGAGAUCUAUCUUUCCAUCAACCAAGGCGAGUCCAGCUUACAGCCAGAAGGCAGUGAAGUCCUCCUUGGCCCAGAAGUAACUUGUGGUCCCCCAGAAGUGACAGUUUCUACCCCGUUUGCCUUGACAAUACCACACUGUGCAGAAGUGAACUCUGAACACUGGAACAUUCAUGUGAAAAAGAAAAAGCAUCAGGGCAAAUGGGAGGAGGUUAUGUCGGUGGAAGAAGAAACCACUUCCUGCUACUGCCUCUGGGACCCUUAUGCUUGUCACAUACUUUUGGACUCAUUUGGGACUUAUGCCAUUAUGGGGGAAUCCCUUUCUGAUUGUUCUGUUAAAGAGCUAAAAGUAGCUGUCUUUGGCAGUAUGUCUUGCAACUCACUGGAUUACAGCCUGCGAGUGUACUGUGUGGACAACACCCCCUGUGCAUUUCAGGAAGUGAUUUCAGAGGAGAGGCAACAGGGAGGACAGUUGCUGGAAGAACCAAAGCUGUUGCAUUUCAAAGGGAAUACCUUCAGUCUUCAGAUAUCUGUCCUUGAUAUCCCACCUUUCCUCUGGAGAAUCAAACCAUUCACUGCAUGUCAGGAAGUUCCAUUCUCUCGGGUGUGGCGCAACAAUCAGCAGCCACUGCACUGUGCCUUUUCGCUGGAGCGCUACACUCCUGCCACCACGCAGCUUUCUUGCAAAAUCUGUGUCAGACAAGUCAAGGGCCAUGAACAAAUCUUACAGAUUCAGACAUCUAUUCUUGAGACUGAAAGAGAGACAAUCCCUUUCUUUGCACAUGAGGACAGCAACUUCCCAGUUCAGAUGGGACCGCAAGCCUUCAAGAUACCAUACUCUAUCAGGCAAAGGAUAUGUGCAACGUUUGACACGCCCAACGCCAAAGGCAAAGACUGGCAGAUGUUAGCACAGAAAAACAGCUUCAACAGGAAUUUGUCUUACUUUGCUACCCAGCACAGCCCAUCCGCUGUCAUUUUGGACUUAUGGGAAGCCAGGCACCAGCACGAUGAUGACUUAGACUCUCUAGCCUGUGCUUUGGAAGAGAUAGGAAGGACACAACCCCAAAUCUCGGACCUCACAGAAACUCAGAUUGAAGAAUCCAACUUCAGCUACAGCAGACAAAAUGGACUUUAGUUGUCGCUUUCCUUUUGAAGAACUGAGGCCUGGGUCCAACUUUGCCCUUGAUGAAAUUCCUGUUGGCGGAGAAGAAACUACAAACCAUACUAUGAUUUCAUGCUCACACAUGCACACAAAAAAAACACAUAAACUUAACUUGUUCUGUAUUUCCUGCAGUGGUUCACUCCUUCAUGCCACCAAACCAAUUUCCGGUCAGAGGAAGACAAUAAUCGGCUAAGCUCCAAGGAAAGCAUAUGCCUCUCUAUGAGAGGAGGAAAAUAUUGUCUCCUGAUGCUGAAGGUUGAAUUUGUUUAGGGUUCGCACAAAAUGUUAAGGAGUACAUUCUACGGUAUCCAGGAGAGGGAAAUAUGUGAAUGCGCCAAGAUGCCUAAAAUGAUCUCAAAUCUAGAUAUUUCUGUGUCUUAGACUGUUCACGUGAUUUUUUCCCCCUGUCGUUCUGUUAUUUAUGGUUUAGUUUGUAACUUAAACUUAAGACAUGGCCGUGUAGCGGGAACAGGUAAGUGCAGGUAUUUUGGCAGGAAAAGGAGGGAGACAAAAAUAUAAUUUACUGAUGACGAACAUCAAGAUGGAAGAAUCUGAAGUUGAGGCAAAUUUCUCAGAAGUCCAAUGUCCUAGAAGAAAUCCUAGAUUUAUUUAUUUUUUUUGUAGUUGCCCUCUUAGGAAAAACGACACUUUGCAGAAUUUUCUCCGGUGUUUUGGAUAUGUGCAAAACUCUAGAAGAAGCUACAGUGAUGAAACUGAUUUUAUGCUCAAAAAUCAAAUAUGGUUAACAAGGAAUGGGAGGACAAGUAUAUGAACUACAGUGCUAGAGUGUUAGCAUUAUUAUAACAGCUGUCAAAAUAUCUAGAUAAAAUGGAAUGUUAGACAGGGAAAAACGUGUUCUUUUGUAGUUCACAUAGGUUGAAAGGGUGCAGUGGUGCAGUGGGUUAAACCGUUGAGCUGAUGAAUUUGCUGACCGAAAAGUCUGUGGUUUGAAUCUGGAGAGUGGGGUGAGCUCCCACCAUUAGCCCCAGCUUCUGCCUACCUAGCAGUUCAAAAACAUGCAAACGUAAGUAGAACAAUAGGUACCGCUUCUGCGGGAAGGUAACGGCACUCCAUGAAGUCAUGCUGGCCACAUGACUUAGGAGGCGUCUAUGGACAGCGCCGGAUGUGAGGGCGAUCUGGCUGCGUCAUCUGUCACCCCGUUGAUUGCCAGGGUUGAUUCGACUGAUCUGGCUGGCUAGGCGGGUGUCCCCUUCCUCCCUCACCAUUCCAUGUGCGUCCCUCCCGAAGCUGUGCGCUCGGUGGAAGAGGACGACAUCCCAGGUAUAGAAGGAAUGUACCGAGGUCUCCAGUCUUCGGUCCUGGGUUUACAAUAGCUGUGCUCCCCUGCUAGAACCUCGAAACAAGCUCAAGGUCCAUUUGUAGGAGAACAGCGCCGGCUCUUCGGCUUAGAAAUGGAGACGAGCACCACCGCCCAGAGUUGGACAUGACUAGAUUUAAUGUCAAGGGGAAACCUUUACUUA